AUGGCAGAAACACUAAAAAGAGAAGAACCACCACCUGACCUCACAGAUUUCAUGAAUGAUAUGUUUUUUGGGACAGCAGACACUCAUCAGAAAACCUAUGAUCUUACUGGUGGAGUUGGGAUGAACAUGGAUGACGAUGAAGAAGAUGAUGGAUUUGAUGACAGUACUAGAAGUAAUAGUGCAAGGUUGACACAAGAAUGGUUGCAAGAAGCACGACUUGUCGUUGCUUCUUCUCCUUCGCGUUGCGAAUCUCCUGGACGCCUUUUAGGCUCCCCUCGGUUUGCAUCACCCUCGAAAUCAUUGCUUCCUUCUUCUGAUCGAACCGAGGCUCUUUCAAGGGCUAGGUCCGCCAGAAGAUUCAGAACAGUGGAAGGAAUCAGUGAUGAAAUACUAUCAAAAACAGCAAAACACACUCGCAACAAAUCCGACACAUUUGCUCAACCUUCAUCAAAUGAUGAUGGAUCCCCGGCAACUGCAGUGCACAAAUGGUUCUCCAACAUCCUUAAAUCCAACAACAACAACAAUGACAGUAACAGUAACAAUAACAAUAACACGCAGCCACCUUCACCAGAUUCUCUCCCUCCACGUCAGCCUCUUUCCAGAAAAUCCCGCUUCCAAACUGAACCUUCCGGUGCAACUCACCCACAGGGAAUCCAAGUUCCUAAUUACAAUUCUCGAAGAACUUUCAAGCCUUCUGCACCGUCGCCGGAGAAUCCUAACCGGAGAAUACCACCUACGUCGUUGGAGUCUCUACCUCUGUCUCCACCGAGGAACCUCGUGGAAUCCGCUCACCGGAGAACUAUAUCGUCUUCCACAUGCUCAUGGGAGAAGAUAGUACCUCCGGUGAAGUAUUCCACGAAGGAAGAAGAAGAAGCGACGGAAGAGUAUAGCCUCAACGGGUUUUUGAAAGAGCAGAGGAAUUUGUUUCAGAGAUUCUAUAAGGGAGAGCUUAGUUCAAAUGUCAAAAUCAAAAUCGUGCUUUCUGGGCAUUCAAACAGUACGACGUCGAUGGUGGCGGCUAUUUGUCAUGCGUGGUUAUUGGGUUAUAGACAGAAAGAGAAUGAUGAAGGUGGAAAUGAGAGAACGGUGGUGGUGCCUGUGAUGAAUGUGAAGAGAGGUGAUAUGUGUAAGCUCAAGCAAGCUGCAUGGCUCUUUCAUCAUGCUGGUCUUGAUGCCACUUCAUUGCUUUUUACUGAUGAGGUGGACAUGGAAAGCCUUUUGAUGACUGGUAAACUGAGCGUCCUCAUGGUUGGACAAGAUAUCUUAAACGCAACUAACGAGGUCGGAUCUCAAUGCACCGUUCUUACUGAUAAUUACUGUGAGGAUGCAUAUGAUCUACUUCAGAACUCUGUGUUGAAGAAACUAUUGCUUGCUGGUAUUCUGCUAGACACACAGAAUCUAAAAGCUUCUGCAUCGGUAUCGAUGACAAGAGAUGCAGAGGCAGUGCAGCUGCUAUUGGUUGGCUCAGCCCCAAACUACCGAUAUACUUUAUUUGAUCAGUUGAUGCAAGACCAACAAUCUUCUUCUUUUGUCGAAGCUUUGAACCAUAACUAUUGGAAGCCCCCUGAAGAAAGUGACAAAAAUAAUGAAGGAAACAUGAAGCAUAAAGUUCGCGAGAGAAAAUCAAGCUCAUCUGAACGUCAAGCUACUACGACUAAGCCAAGUUCAAAAUCAAAUUCCAUAGACACAAAAGUAAAACUUGCAACGCCGAUUUUGCAAUCUCCUAGUCCAGCAGCAUCAUCAAAUGCAGAAAAGGUAUCCUCUAGUGGGAAAAACAAAUUUUUCUUGGCAAGAUGGUUUGGAUUUGGCUCAAAAUGAACUUGAAAUCCCACAUUUAUACAAAUGCAACUUAAUUUUUGCAAAAUUCUAUACAAAACAACAAAUAAUAAUUCAAUUCUAAAUCCUGUCCGCGUUUUUCUCUUGAUGCUUGUUCUCGAA